AUGGUGUCCACGCUGGAGCCUCCAACCGCCUCCUCCGUCUCCCGCCGCGGUCCCUCCUCUGUCGUCUCCCGUCGAUCUCAAUCAGACUCGCGAUCGAAACGCUACAACAGAUCUCAUACCGGCGGGACUUCUCACGCUCUUCACAAUGACUUCCCAGUCUUUAGUAGUGGCGAUGUAGAAAUCAUAGUCCGCGCGCGCGAUACGCCUCCCGAUGCUGCUCCCGUGCAGAACAGAUAUCUUCUUCAUCGCCAUACGCUCACGCGCUCGAGUGGUUUCUUUGAGACCAGCACAUCAAGCCAGUGGUCUCGCGCUCGCGCACUACCGGCUGGCAACGAGCUCUCCCGCAUCGGAGAGGACGCGGAACCGGAUUCUGUCAGUGCAAGCGAAGUCAGCUCAGUGUCGCAAAGAGGAAGCAUCCAUCCACCCAGGAAGAGAUGGCGAUACGAGCUAGACCCCAAAUCUGGACCAAACGAUAUUCCAAUGCUGGUCCAGCGAGACGAAUCGUCGCGAGAUACUACACAAUCCUUGUUUGGGCCUGCAUCAGCUCCACCUGCAGUCAGUGCAAGAGACGCACGCUCUCAGAGUCGCUCCAAACACUCCCACUCACAUUCGCGAUCGUUGUCCAAUUCGUCGGCCUCAAGUGGUUUCUUUCGCUCUGUCGCCAAUCUCAGUCUCUCGUCCAACCACCCACCUCCAGCCCAAGAGCUGUCGCAAGCGGACGAGGACCUUUUGCGCGACUAUGAUAACCUCUUUCGCAUAUUUUACAAUUACCCGCCCAACCUCGAUGGUGUCAAUGUCGCAGAUGCCUAUGUCCAAUGCAAGAGCUUGCUCAACCUCGCCGACCAAUAUGACGCCCUUGCUGUGGUGGGACCUCGAGUUGAUCACCACAUGCUGCAGUUCCAGUCACGGCUCUGGAAGCAAAUCGCCAAAUACCCAAUCUCAUAUUUGCGCCUCGGGUACCUAGCUCGCAGUAGGGUGAUAUUUCAGGAAGCCCUGAUUCACGUCGUUGGGCAGUGGCCGGUCGGGGAACGCAGCCUGCGUGCAGCCCUGCCCGACAUUGUCUUGGAUAUUAUUGAGGACAAGGUUGACGAACUGGAAGAUACGGUCGGUCGCAUCGAGGGACGUCUGUACCGUCUUGGGCUCACCAACAGCCGUGGUGAACGUGUCGGCCCAAGCAACAACUACCUCGACUGGCUGUCCAUAAGCCUCUUCCGCCAAUGGCUGGCCGACAACACCUCUCCGCAGCCGCCUCCCGAUCAGCGACGCAGGACGACCUCUCGUGACGGCGGCCGCAGCGUCGCCGCCUUACCCCCCGCAGCCCCGCCGUUGAAUUCUGUAGGCCGUGCAUAUCGCCAACUCGGUUCGAAUAAUCCCGCAUCUUUCCUCGGCCACGAUGACUGCAAGCGCUUCCUCAAGCUCACUCCAGAGCUCUAUAGCCGGGAGAACCUCCGGCGUUUUGAGAAGCGUCUUGAUGAACUCAAGUCAAUGGCCCGAGAGAUCGUACGGCCUCUCAUGGGCAGCAAUCUCGAACUCGAUAUGGGCGGUACCUCACGCACCCCCGAUAGUGUCUCUUACCUCACCUGCAUCAACGUUGGGAACCGAGACCUGCCUUGGGUGAUGGAGGAUCAGACAACAGUCGGGCUCGUCACCAACUGA